UUUUUUUAGUCUCCUCUCCUUCUUCCCUUCUCUUCUUCAGACACCCAGCCGACCUCAUCUGGAGCAUUUAUGUCUGCUUUUAGGAGGCUUUAAAUGUUGAACUUGAUGGGUGUUUUAAACGCCACCGCCGCCAAUGUCUCCUGUACUUGUAACUGCAAGCGCUACAACCCCCUCCAGAGCAUGGAAAUCACCCAGCUGGAGUUCGUCCAGAUCCUGGUGAUCGUGGUGGUCAUGAUGGUCAUGGUGGUGGUGAUCACCUGUCUGCUGAACCACUACCGCCUAUCAGCACGCUCCCUCCUCUCCAGACACGCCCCCACGCGCAGGAGACACCUGCCAUUGGCCAACGAGGGAGGUCUGUGGUCCUCUGAGUCGACGGGGACGAGCAGUGUUCUAAAUGAGCACCAGGUGUACAACCCCCGUCCCCCGGAUCGAGGGGUCCCUACAUCCUACCUGCAGCGGGAACCGCAGCACGGCCAGCCCCAGCCUUCGCUCCAUUCCCAGCGCUUCCAGCACACGUACGCCCCGAGUCGGUUCCAGCCGACGUACCCCUACCUGCCCCAGAGCCUCAUCGACCUGCCCCCGACGAUCUCCCUGUCGGACGGCGAGGAGCCGCCGCCCUACCAGGGCCCCUGCACCCUGCAGCUCCGAGACCCCGAGCAGCAGAUGGAGCUGAACCGCGAGUCGGUCCGAGCGCCGCCGAACCGAACCGUGUUCGACUCCCACCCCCUCGACCCAUCCAACUCCUGCCUGCAGGCCAGUCUGCAGGCGCCUCCUCCCAGCGUCCACUCGGGCAUCAGUGUGCUAGAAGCCCAGGAGGCCUUGUCCCGGCACCACAAGCACGGCUCUCGGGUAGAAGGAGCUCCCCCGACCUACAGCGAGGUCAUCGGGCACUACUACCACCCCGCGUCCCUGAACUCCAACCACAACCAUCGAACUGUGCCGCAACCGUCCUCGCUCAUACACGGUCUGCUCCGGCCUCCGCCUCAACAGCAAGGAAGCGUGGACAACAGGAACACGAGGAAUACAAAGGAGAAAUCCCAGAAGCCCCAGCAGGUGUGACAGCUUCCUCUUUCCUAGCCAGCGAGAACAACCGGGAUUACGUCUGCUCGCCAUUUUGGGGAAAUGAUCAGCGAACGAUGAGGGAAGAAAAAAAAAUCACGUGAUUGGUUAAAAAAAAGAGCUGGUUAGUCGUAGUCGGUUUUCACAGUUUCCCUGCUUCACACGUAGAGAAGGCGGCAGGACACGCCGGCUUCUCACCAGCACCUGGAAACCACAUCACUCCUGCAGAGCACAGUCACAGGAGAACAUCUGGUACGUUCCACGCGUUCCUACUUUCUGUCCGAGGAGCACUUCAGAUGAACCCACGAUGAUGUCAGAAAAGAGUUGGCAGAAGGUGGAGAGGGGUGGGAAACCCAAAGCCUCCUUCCUCUCCUCGUCCCUCCUCUAUCAGACUGAUCCACGUAGUCUUCAUCCAUCAUAUAUAUAUAUUUACUUGUUCCGUUUGUUUCUAUUUUUCUUCGUUUGUUUGCUUUUGUGUCUCUUUUUUCACACUUACCAGAAAAUUCCUAUCCAGGCGAAAAUGUUGCAAUCUUCUUGGUUCUUCCAGGUUUUAGGAUUUAUUUUUUGGUUUUCCAGUGAUAAUCCACCGCCCCCCUACCGCUCGCUGCUUUGAGUCCUUGUAGUCCACAUUCUCCACUUCACAGUCCAACGCGACUCCUGCACCAGGCUUUAGCUGCAUCACGGGGACACGCUAGCACCUUAGGAGAGAGUUUAGGUUUUAGUUAGCCUCGAUUUAGCCCACCAGUUGUAGCACGGUGCUGAUCGUCCUCCAGCUAAAAGUUCUGCCUUACGUCGACCAACCGAUGCAGGAAGCUGUCGCUGAACCCACUCUUUUUUUUAGUUUUUAAGUUUUUCUAAAGAAGGUUUGCACAAAGUUCAAGACUGUUCACCACGUGGGGGAAAGAAAUAAUCCGCGACUUGAUCGAUGACGAGAGAGAAACUAGAGAAAGUAGGGGUAUUUUUCUAAACUUGAUGGAUUCUUAUGAGAUGUUGUUUUUUUUUUAUUUGUUGUGUAGUUCUAGAAAAAGAAAAACAGACAUCAGUAAUCUGUUGGGGUGCCAAGUUUCACGUUGAACAUUUUGCCGCGUACAUGUCGACGUGUAUAUAUAUAUGUUACAGACGGAGUAUAUAUACAGACAUGUGUGCGAACCGAGAGCGAAAAGCACGAAUUUAGAGUUAUUUAUAUAAUUGCUGAAAAGAAUUGCACUAUUUUUUAGUAUGCGCAGAUGGAACGUUCGCGAGAGACUUUUAUUGUGAAGGAGCUCUGUCCAUGGAGGUAUUAAAACGAGAGAGAGAGAGGUGACUUACCAGAGAGUCGGGUCAGAACAGUGCACAGCGGCUGCUAUCGUGAACAAUUUACGGGGAGAUGCUGACGUUGGUCCAGCGGACUCAGACCAACCGAUACUGUACCAUUGAUCAAAAGAAAAAACUAAAAUAAAAAUCUCCGGUUUAUGCAAAUGUCUGAGUCCCGCGAGCCAACCAGAAGUCAGCAUCCAGCCUGCGGGCCCAAUCAGAAACUCUGCUCGUCGCUCCCUCGGUCUCACCCUAUUGGCCGAAUCGUUAGCCAAUCCCAAAGCUGGCUGUCACUACCUCGACCAAACAAGUCAAGCACAGAAGAGUUUGCUCACGUUAAUCAGACUUUUAAACAAAACGUCUGAACUAAUCAAGACAGUGUGUAAUUAACAGUAGAGCUAGAGUAGAGUAGAAUUAGCUUUUAAUCCUGCUGUGUGUUAUUUUAUUUGAAUGUCAAGAGUUUUUGUUCGCCGGGUGAGAAGCGGGAGAGCGACGCAGAACUCGUGACACCUAACGUCCCCCCUUGAAGUGCAUUAACUCAGGAAGAAAGCCAGUCGCCCGACGGGCCCUAAAUGUUCGAUACGCCGACUGUGCGCUGCUGUGGCCGCAUCACAUCUUCAGUCAAACACCUCCGGUUUCUUUUAAAGCUGCGUCUCUCCUGCCUUUCGUUGAACUCACAGCCCGCUCUGGUAAGCUUUCCUCUCUUGCAGGCAUCUCUGAGCACUUUACUGCACCAGGAAGGAGACAACAAUCUUCUGUCAGCCAGCGCCGGCCUCAGCUCACCUAAAACACCUAAAAAAAAACUACGGUAGAACCCUUUAUUUUUUUAGAUUCAAUUCUCCAACCUUUAGAGCUGCACUUUUAAAAGAUGCAAAGAGUUUUGCACCAAACCUUCAGACAUAUACAACUUAAUUACCAGAAGUUGCUGAUAUGUCUAAUUCUCAAUACCUUGACUUACUGCUGUCAUUUUCAAUUUACAACAACUUGUGCAAGAACUUUAGCGAAAUAAAAUAAAGUCUACAACUGGAAGAAGAAACCUUAUUUGAAUUAGGAAGUGUUUUGUCAAAUAAUAAGUAAAAAUGUUCAUGAAUUUGACCAAAUUUGAUGCUAACUUUAGUUUUCGGCACCAAAAAAAAUUUGAUAUUGAUAUAAGACCACGUGACUGUUUGGUCUGUUUUUUAAAAAAUAUAUUUUAAGCCUCUUCUUCUGUGGAUUAUGUCUAAAUUUUGGAACAAAACUCUUUGUGUGUUAAAUGCAGCACAAGACAGGUUGUUGAAAACAGGCACAUUGAAGUGUUGAAAAGUGACACGAGUGUUAAUAGCAACUUGCCUUGUGUCAUCUCUUUAUGAGUGUAGAAAUCUAGAAGUAGUACAGUUUUAGCUCGCUAAGGUAGUAGAUCACAACACACGGACAUUCGUAGCUUUUUGUUUGUUUAAAGUUGCUGCUCGUACGUGAGGCGUCCACUGCGACCGACGCUGUUUUAACUCGGUGUGCGUCAAUUUAUACCGACGUGGCGGCACCACAGGUCGGUCCAGGUGACGCCGGCGCCCUCUAGUGUCCAGUUUUUAUGCAACAGCGCCCUCCACAGGGACCGAACCGAACUGCAGCCAAAACUCCAGAAGCUGAGUUAGUUUAAUUUGCAGCCCGAGGAGAGGAGAGAGUCAAAAAGGCCAAAAAGAAAGUUGUUUAAUUACCUGAUACGGUGAAUCUAUUGUCUUUGCUUUACGUCUCCAGUGAAUCGCAGGUGGAUGUAAAGACCAGUUUGUCUCGUAUUGUCAUUACUUUUAAAUCGCAGAGAUAAGCAUCCGUUCUUUGGAAAUAUAUCCUUUAAAAUCACCUACUUUCUAAAUCCUGAAACACUCUUCAAGCAACUGUGAUAAAAAAAUGUUAAAUCUGCUGUAAAUGAUUUUCAACUGGUUUUUCAAUGAUGGUGACCAGAAAUACAUUAUUUCCGUCAAUGUUGAAGUUUGUGGGAUGCAAAAUAAUUCAUUCAUUUCUCUUAAUUUGGUAAAUGGAAAACUCUUUUCUAUAAUGCAGCAGAUGGAAUAUUUUUUUCAUCCAGAUGUUUAGAAGCGUCUCUACCAGUCCCUUUAAAACAUCAUUUAACUGUAAUGACAAAACCUGAAACCUUCGACUCUUGUGACGCAAAGAAAGACAAAAAAAUAUAUAUUGACAAAUAAUCACAAAUCAUUUCACUUGGAUUCGCCUUCCCUCCCUCUUGUUUAUCGUCUCUUUCUCCUUUGUCCCUGUGCUGCACUGUAUUUAAUGACAAGCACUUAAAGAAGAAAAGAAAAAUCAUGAUCUAAAGAAUUUAAUCUCUUGACCCAAAGCAGCUAAAGGAACGAUGGUUGGAUCAAUCAAAGUCUGAAUCACCUUUUCACCUUGUAAUGAGAUUAUGAGCCUGGUCCUAAUGCAAGUUUCUCUAAUUUAUUUAUGUCUUUUUUUUCCCCCUCCACCGAUGUGUCGCUUGUGUUUGGACCGGGCUGGUUUAAAACGGUUCGGUCUCCUGCGUUGGAGGGUUUGCAGCGGGUAUGAGAAGGCUGGGUCGGUUCUGAUGAGGGUAUUAUAGUAGAGACAAAUGAUAAUUAUUUAAAAUAAUGUACCUACAGCAUAAUUCAUGAGGAAGGAAACAGUGUAGGAUCAAUCUGUGACUUCAGGGAAACCUGGCGCUGGCUGACGAUACAAACUAAGACAAGAGGACGAGGAGGAAAAAACUCAAAUCAUACAUUCACACACAGGCAAAAUCACUUUACAUGUGUUUUUUUUUUCCUUUUAAUUCAAUCUACACAUGCACACUGGUGUGUUUACAUGCAGCGGCGUUAACAGGUGUUCACCAGUGGUUUCACAUCCCAUUCCUUUUUUUUAACAUUUUUUUUCUGCGUUAGAGUUCAAUUUGAGUCGCAUAAAAUCCACAUAUGAAACCGGUCACGUGUAAAACGCAUCCACGCCGGCGAUAAUCUGCACCUGUUUGAAGGGAUCACACGCUUGCCUUGGCUUUAAGCCGCCGUGAAGGCCGCGUGAGUGUUAGCACGUUAGCAUUGCAGCUAGCGGACGACAACUUUUUUUUUUUUUUUUCCCAGAGCCGUGACUGUGUGUGUGUGUGUGUGUGUGUGUGCAGUUAAUGUACACCGACUUGGCCUGGGAAAGACCUCCAGCUGUCUAGACAAAAACUAAACACACACGAACGCACACACAGAGCAGACUAAACAAACUCACCUAAGAACCAGACCUUGCACACACACUUUAAUUCACCCAGCUCAUUUUUUUCUUCUUCUUCUUCUUCUUAUUGUGGACCACACAAGAUAGCACAAACAUUUAUGAACACACCUGGAUCACCUCCAGAGUUCCUCCUCCUCCCUCUUCCUGCCUGAGCUCCUCCUGUUACCUAGAGAUGCCUGCCGUCCAAUGACAGAGCUCCUUUUUUUUUUUUUCCCAGACCCCCGACCCUCGCUGCCAUUGGUCGGCCGUCUUUUCGUUUCGGUCUCCUCGGAAACGUCUUGCUGUUUAUUAUUGUUGCUAUGUCGUACAAGUGUGCCUGCCUGCGCUGAGACAGGCGAAAUGUGAGUUUGGGCUGUCAAUCAUCCCGGGCCACGCCGUCUCAGAUGAUGACGAUGAUGAUGAUGAUGAUGAUGAUUGGAUGAUGGUGAUGAGAUUGAAGAUGAUGAUGAUGAUGAUGAAGAUAGAUGUUUUUGAUAGUGAUGCCGCAAAGAUCGUUGCAAUACACCUACUAUUUGCCUUUUUGAUAAUAUUAGUCAUAUUUUAACGUAGUGUGCUUAAUGUAAGUUUUUUUAUCGUUGUUGUUGUUAUUGUUGUUGUUGUUUAUUCACUUGAGAAGUUAAAAAAAAAGGUGAUUUCACUUCAAUCCAUCGAUCACAAGAAAACCAUUUUGUUUUUUGUUGUUGUUGUUAUUGUUGUUUUUUUCUUUUCCUUUUAUUUGUUAAACCAACUUUGAGAGUGUAAAACUACCUAACACACAAAGACUGCAGAUCACUGGCGAGGACGUGUAAAUACAAGAAAAUGUACUUCUGCUUUUAAGUGCCCUUUUCCAGUUUAGAGUAUGCUUGUUAGUGUGCAGCUGUCUGAAGAGCAAAAUGAUUUGUCCGGGGAUUUUAUUUUAUUUUUUACAUAACCUGAGCUUAUGUUUAAGCUUGCUAAAUUUGUGCGAAACGCCACUUUACACUCAUUCAGUCCCUCUCUUCAUGAAAAAAAACUUUAGAGCACAUUUUUUUUCAUGCACUUACAAGUUCAAGUAUACUUCUUUUUAAACACCAAGUCCCAGUUUAUCGACUAAUCAUUGCGUCUCCUUGCCUGGCCCAGCGUCUACAUGUGUGCCUUCUGGUGUCCAGCGUGAACGGAGAUCUACUCUUAAAACUCAAUUACUGUUGCCUUUUGACGCAUAACCACCUUGGACAGCGCACAAUAUUAGAAUCACACAGCCAUGACAUGUGGAAGCCCACUCACAGCAGGAAAAGGGGAAAAAAAUAAGUGUGAGGACGUACAAUUAUUACUGAUUUAUACGCUAAAUGUUCUUAUAAAUAAUCUGGACAAGUGGACAAGUGAACAUCUGCCAUUUUAUACAAAUAAGCCCAACAUCGCCUUAGAGCCUAAGAAGGAAGACUUUCUAUGUCAGACUACUUUACACUCAUGUUAGGUUUAAAUGAGCCUGACUUAGAAAGUCAGGUUUAAAUGAGUCUGACUUUCCAAAUCAGACCCAUUUAAACCAAACAUCAAUGCUUUUUUUUGUUAUAAUUUUCACCAGUUUUCCUUUUCCUGCUGUAAUAGUCUCCCAUAAUCACACAACUAGAAUAUUCAGUAACUCGUCACUCUGGUCACUUGUGUUGCGUUUCAAAUAUGUUGGAGAGUCAGACAUUUAUAACAAACCUGAAUUCACUCCACUGAAAUUGCAUUUAUAGCACUUCAUGUCCUUAAAUGCAUAAUGUCAUCAGAGUGCUAAUGAUAGCUGCUAAUUGUUGGAUAGCAAACAGUGUUCAAGGUGAAGGCAUUAUGAAACUAUUACUUCCAACAGCUGGCAUUACUGAUUUCCUUCUGACAUUAAUUGGAACGCAACAUUAGCGGCUCUAAUUAAACUGCCUGGCUUCCUGUAAUAAAAAAAAAAGAAAAACUGCUCCUCUAAAACACACUGCAGCCCAGUUUUAUGUCCACAGCAUCGUUAUAGACAUUUCCAAAGAAUGAAUCAUCCUAAACAGGUUACACCUGACUUGAACUUUUCAGAUUUUUGGGGGUAAACUUUACUUUUUGGAUGCCUUUUUCCAGUUUCUGUCAAUCACUUGUAGGCAAGUAUAAUACAUACUGGCAUUAAAGAAGAAAAAUAUUUAAUUAAGAACAAUGGAAAGACUGAAGCAGCGUCACACUAGUCGACUGGAAAAAGGCAAACUGUAAAGAGAAACGUUCCCCUUAUUGUGUUUAUGCUCAUUCUGCUUUGUUGUGUUCUUUUCUGCUCGCUCUGCUCCUUGAAUCAGCGCUGCGUGGCGCCUUUUCCUCUGACAAUGUUGAAGAAAAAACAAAUCUAUGAAAACACUCUCUUUUGGUUGCAGUAUGUUGUUUGUGCGUAUUUAAUAAGCCUCUGUAUGUUACAGCACACGACGGCGCUCCGAUGCUCGUUCACCCGCAGUGACUAUUGUAGAAGUCUUCCACCUGUCUUUGAGUUUCAUCCUGCAAGCAUGUCAAAUGUGGGACUUGUACAAUAGAUCCGUUUGUUCUGCUCAGGAUUCCUACAUGCAGCUGGUCCAGAUGUUUGACACACAAAAAAAAGAAGAACGUAUAAUAAAAUGCUGUGAUUGUGUCCAGACAAACGCACACAAAUAAUCCUCAGCUCUGGAGUGAAAGCUGGACCAGGUGUGAGAUAAAAUGUAGGAACCCUGAUCUGCUCUUGUACAAAAAAUGUUGGGUUUCCCUUCAUUCAGAUUUAGCACCAGGCUCAUAACUCUUCCACUGAGGUGCAAUGGAGAGGAAAAAAAAAUAAAAAAAAGAUGAACGUGGUGCUAAAAACGUGGAGGUUUAACUCCAGUCUGUUAUCCGUCACAGCAUGGCUCACACACUUAUAUAGAGGCCUACUUAUUCUCAAUGAUAAUAACUGCUUAUUUGUGUAUUAAGACAGUUUAUUUAAUUUAUAUUGGAUGGUCUACGUGUUGCUGGGUUUGUUAUGUUGUUUUUUGUUGUUGUUUUUUUUCUUCUCUGUUACAAACAGAAGACAAUGGUUUAUCGUUGUUGUCACAGAACAUGGUAUGAAUCGGACACAUUUCAGUUAGCCUUCAAUUUAAAAUAUGAAUAAAAGUUUUAUAAAUAUG